AUGGCUCUGCUGUCGCCGUCGCGGCUCGAAGCGCUGCGCCUCAUCCGCGAGCAGCUCCGCUGUACACUAUGUCACCACACGCUCCAAGACCCCCAGUGCCUCGACUGCAAGCACAACUUCUGCCGCUCGUGCAUCCUGUCGCACCUGCGGCGCAAUCGCUCCGACUGUCCGCAGUGCCAAUUGCCCACGCGGCCGAGCGAAGUGACGCGGAAUCAGUUCCUCGAGAGCCUUUUGGGCGCGUGGCAACACGUCGAGACAGAGCUCGCGGCACUGACUGGCGACGUGCGACUGCACGCGGCGCAGUAUACGGCCCACGACACGGACGAAGCGCUGCACCGGGCGCUUCAUGGCGCAGGAACGGCAGGAGAAGGGGCCACGAGCGGAGCGAGUGGGGACGUGGAGGACCUGCAGGCGACAAGAGGGCGCGUGGCGAACCACAAGUGGGACAUUGACACGCAGGAGAUCCGCCAGGAACUCAGGUUGGCAGAGCGGUACAUGCCGCAGCACUAUGGCUCGAGGCAGCAGCAGCAGCAGCAGCAGUCGAGUACGAGUCAGUGGAAGAAAACGAGCAGCAGUGACUUACCAGAGGAGUACAAAGGGAGCAGUGCGAGUGCUCGAGGACACGCGAGGAGCGAAGGAGCGGGCAGUGGCUGUAGACGAGACGGCGGGCGUCGCAAGCGGGAGAAGCAGAAGCAGUCGGCCAUGUCGCUCGUGGAAGUGGCUGUAGUCGAGAGCAGUGACGUGGGGACGCAGAUGGGUGAGAGUGACGACGAGGACGAGGAGGACGAGGAGGACGUGGACGAGGAAGACGAUAGUGAGACGGGAUGGCAAGUGCCGGCGGCACGGACCAGUAGCUUGAUGGCGACGCAAGAAGUGGAGAGCUAUAUGGACCGCAUUGCCAAGCAACGGGAAGCGCUGAGUCAGUGGGAGAAAAGCCGAGCGGGGAAAAGUGAUGCAACGUCGUCGCUGCUGGACUUGGAGCGGUCGCUGCUACGUAGCAACGGGUUUGAUGAGUUGCUGAAAGAGCGACGGCGAGCGUCAACGUACUGCAACUUCUUUGACAACAGCGACGCGAUGACGCAAAUGACUCAGAUGCCGUCAUCUACGAGUGUGUUCGAGUCGCCGGACCUGUUGGCUUCGUUCCGACGGCAAAAGUACACUCGCGAUGACGAGAGUGACAACGAUCGACGGUCAGCAAGUAAAGCGACGCCGUGGAUUCCAUCGACACGUGCGUCUCCGUUGUUGCAGGCUCGAGGCAGAGGUUCCUCGCCGUCACGUAAACGACUGCGCAUGCCCGUACCUGAGCACGAGUAUCCGGUAUGUCAGCGCAGUGUGCCAGCCAUUGAUCCAUCUCUGAAGUGUUCGGAGGUGGACAACGAAGAUGAGGUCCAUGAUAGUCAGGUAGCAACGAGUGAAGAUGCGAAGGAAUCGGACGACGACGAUGAAGAAGAAGAAGAAUACGAGAUGAAGCCGGCAGUGCCGGUACCUCCAGCGCCCAAGCACAGUAGCUGUGGGUCUGAUGCGAAGUGCGGACACUCAGGUUUGUCCUCGCAAACGGAUGGACGUCGUCCUCGUGGUGACUGCUGCAAUGCUGCGGCCGCAUUCCAGACGGACGAGCAACAGCACCGCAGUCCCGAGCCGCAAAGAACGAAGCCACUGGUAUGCUCUGCUUCAGACACAAGGACUUGCAGUGGCACAAAUGCAGCUCAGAAGGCAAGUGGCAUUGCAAGACCACAUUCCACGGACAGCUCGUCCAGACCUCCCGUUCGCGCUUCGAACGGCCAUGUCAAGGCACCUCCAGUGGGCGGCUGCAGCUUCGUGUUUGUGAGCUCUGACCUCACCCGUGAAGAAGUAAAGCGUGUGCUCGAGGCCACGCAGCAGCUGGGAGGCAGGUUCGGGCACGACUUUGACCUCAAGCGCGACCCUGUCACAGGUCGCUUUUGCACGUCUGUGACCCAUUUGAUCACGAAAGCAGUGCCGCCUGUCGGCGCCAUUGACGGUGCAGACCCCGACGAGUUGCGGUGCAAGCGCACGGCCAAGUACAUGCGCGGACUGGCCGAAGGGAGUUUCGUGAUGGACUUUUCCUGGAUCACAGCGAGUUUGUCGGCAGGCAGGUGGCUGACUGAAGAGCCCUUCGAGAUGAUUGGCGACAUCUACAGCAACGCUGUUGGAAAACCGCACGAAGGGCGUCUGCGGCGCGUGCAGACUGGACGACGCAACAGCAUUUUCAGCGUGCUCAGCUUUGUGCUGCUCGUGUCGGAAUCCGAGUUUGACUUCCAGUUCAACUCGGUGCGAGCGCUGGUCAACAACUUUGGCGGCACUGUCGUGCGGGCCGAGAGCUUUGCCAAGGCCGACCGCAAGCAGCGCUCGCGUCGCGCUCCCGUCGGCGUCGUGGCCAAGACGACGCUGCCUUCAGAAGCCAAGACCAAGUGGGAGCAGUUCCAGAUCCCUAUCGUGCGCAUCACGUGGAUCUUCGACAGCGUGAGUCACCUUGAAGUGCUGCCAUUCGAUGACUAUUAUCCGUAUUAA